GUGUGCUGCUUCCCCAAAGUUGGGCGAGAGUGCUGUCCUGCUCAGCUCUCAAGUUUCAUCUCUGACAUGGAGGAAAUGCUGUCCUUCUGGGAUGUGGCCAUUGAUUUCUCUGCAGAAGAGAGGGAAUGUCUGGAGCCUGCUCAGUGGAAUCUGUACAGGGAUGUGAUACUGGAGAAUUACAGCCACCUUGUGUUCCUGGGUCUUUCUCUCUCUAAGCCAUUCCUGGUGACGUUUCUGGAGCAAAGACAAGGACCUUGGGAUGUGAAGAGACCGACAGCAGCCACUGUGUACCCAGGAAAAACACUCAGUAAAUGUAAAGAUUUCAGCAAGGCCUUUUAUUGCAAUUCACUGCUUAUUCAACACCAGAGAACUCGUACAGGGGAGAACCCCUUCAAAUGUGAAGAAUGUGGUAAGGCUUUUCGUAUUCGCUCAAGACUUUCUAUACACCAGAGAAUUCAUACUGGAGAAAAACCCUACAAAUGUAAAGAAUGUGGUAAGGCCUUUAAUACUCAUUCAAAUCUUUCAGAACACCAGAGAAUACACACUGGAGAAAAACCCUACAAAUGUGAAGAAUGUGGCAAGGCCUUUAGUACUCGCUCAACACAUUAUAGACAUCAGAAAAAUCAUACUGGAGAAAAACCCUACAAGUGUAAAGAAUGCGCCAAAGUAUUCUCCUACCCUUCACUGCUCAAGGUCCAUCAAAGAAUUCAUUCUGCAGAGAAAUCUUACAAGUGUGAAGAAUGUGGGAAACUAUUUUACUGUCCUUUAUUGCUUAAGAAGCACCAAAUAAUUCAUUCCACAGAGAAGCCGUACAAGUGUGCAGACUGUGGCAAAGCCUUUCACUAUCCUUCACUGCUUAAGCGCCAUCAGAGAAUUCAUGGUGGAAAGAAGCCGUGUAAGUGUAGAGACUGUGACAGGGUGUUUUACUCUUCUGCGUUGUUUAAACGUCAUCAAAGAAUUCAUUCGGAAGAGAAUUCCUACAAGUGUGGAGAGUGUGGCAAAAGGUUUUAUUCUUUUCCCCACCUUCAGGAUCACCAAAGACUUCAUUCUGGGGAAAAACCAUACAAAUGUGAGCAGUGUGGGAAAGCAUUCUCUACUCUCUCAUACCUCCCUUGGCACAAAUUGCGACAUUCUGGGGAGAAAUCUUACAAAUGUGAAAAAUGUGGAAAACUGUUUUAUUCUACUUUAGACCUUAAAAAACACCAAAAAAUUCAUGAAUACAAGUGUAGGGAGUGUCACUAUUGCUUUCCUAAUUACUCAGCCCUUACUGCACACCAGAGAAUUCAUACUGGAGAGAAACCUUACGUAUGUGAACAGUGUGGGAAAGCCUUUUCUAGGCUCGAUAGCCUCAAUCAGCACCAGACUGUUCAUACUGGUGAGAAACCCUAUAAAUGUGAAAAAUGUGGCAAAUGUUUUUUCCGAUCUUCGUCCCUUAAAAGACAUCAAGGAAUUCAUUUGACACUCAUUGUGCAGAGAAACUUGCUCAACUCUGAAGAGCGGGACCGGCUCCUAGUGUUUCUUCAUAUCUUAAAUAACAAUGAUCUUCAUCCUGGACAUGGGUGCUAUUAUGUGAAGGAUGUGGUGAAGGUAAUGGACCUGGAGUGGCUUGGCCGGCAGGUUGUCUACCUAGAUCUUUAUGAGAAUAGUAAGGCAGGAGAAGGCCCAAGCGCCAAAAGAAAUGAGCAAGAGAAGGCCAAUGAGAGGCCCAAGGAUAGAAGGGAACAAGGGAAAAGACAAGAUGUAAAGAAGAAUGAUGAGAAACUGUUCUUAACGAGGGAGUCGACUCUGGCACGGCAUGAUCCUGUGAAGGAGAAAUGGGAGGAGGAGGUUGAGAGCUGGAACGUAGGGCAGGUGACACUACAUUCAGACAGACUUCAGGGCAGAAACCCAGGACCAUUAAGAAGUACAACUCCCUCUCCCUGGACUCCAGUAAUCCCAUCGCAUAGACUUGUGGGAAAUGUAGUCUGUAACGCGGUGACGUCACAGUUCGGUACUUUGGUAAACAAGAGUUCAGCUUUUGGUAAGCAUGUGCGGCUCUUAUCCAAAGCUGGGCCAGACUCUGGUCCUGUUAGGCUCUCCCGUUGGAUCUCUGACAUGGAGGAAAUGCUGUCCUUCAGGGACGUGGCCAUUAAUUUCUCUCCAGAAGAGAGGGAAUGCCUGGAGCCUGCUCAGUGGAAUCUGUACAGGGACGUGAUGUUGGAGAAUUACAGCAACCUUGUGUUCCUGGGUCUUGCUGUCUCUAAGCCAUACUUGGUAACGUUUCUAGAGCAAAACCAAGAGUCUUCGGGUGUGAAGAGACAAGCAUCAGCCUCCAGUCCUCCAGGAACAACAGGCAAUGAAUUUAACAAUCACAGCGAGCCCAUUGAUCACAUCUCUCUUAUGCAAUGCCAGAGGAUUCACACAGAAGAGGAGCCCUACUACUUUGAAGAAUGUGGUAAAGCCCUUAGUUCUCAGGCAACACUUUCCAUACGCCAGAGACGUUACAUUGGAGACAAACCCUACAAGUGUAAAGAAUGUCAUAAAGCCCUUAGCAGUCGCUCGUCACUUUUAAUACACCAGAAAUAUCAUACUGAUGAAAAAACCUACAAGUGUGAAAAAUGUGGCAAACAUUUUUUGCGUUCUUCACAUCUUCAGCAUCAUCAAAAAAUUCAUACUGGAGAGAAACCAUACAAAUGUGAAGAAUGUCACAAAGCCUUUCUUCAUCACUCAUAUCUUAGGAAACACCAGGCAGUUCAUACUGGAGAGAAACCCUACAAGUGUGAAGAAUGUGGAAAUUCAUUUUACUAUCCGGCAAUGCUGAAGCAACAUCAAAGAAUUCAUUCUGGAGAGAAACCUGACAAGUGUGAAGAAUGUGGAAAAGUCUUUUCCUCUGCUUUCUUCCUUAACCAACAUAAAGGAAUUGAUUCUGAAGAGAAAAGGUACAAGUGUGAAGAAUGUGGCAAAUCCUUUUGCUAUCGUUCAUAUCUUAGGGAACAUUACAGAAGGCAUUCUGGAGAGUAUCCCUACAAGUGUGAAGAGUGUGGCAAAGGCUUUUCCCGUUCCUCAAAGCUUCAGGAACAUCAAACAAUUCAUACUGGAGUCAAACCAUACAACUGUGAAGAAUGUGGCAAAUGCUUUUCAUCUUUUACAUCCCUUAAAAGACAUCAGAUCAUCCAUUCUGAAGACACUCCCCAUGAGUGUGUAGAAUGUGGCAAAAGGUUUUCUAGUUCUUCCCGCCUUCAGGAACACCAAAAAAUUCAUACUGAAGAGAAACCAUACAAAUGUGAAGAAUGUCACAAAGCCUUUCUUUAUCACUCGUUUCUUAGAAGACACCAGGCAGUUCAUACUAGAGAGAAACCUUACAAGUGUGAGGAGUGUGGGAAGUGUUAUACCUCUUUUACAUCCCUGAAAAGACAUCAAACCAUCCAUUCUAGACACUCCCCGUGAGUGGGUAUAAUGUGGCAAAAGGUUUGUUUGUUCUACCUGGCUUCACAUACAUCAAAAAAAUCAUACUGGAGAGAAACCAUACAAAUGAGAAGACUGUCACAAAGCCUUUCUCACUCAUUUCUUAGGAGACACCAGGCAGUUCACAUUGGAGAGAAACCCUGCAGUGAAGAGUGUGGCAGAUGGUUUUCCUUUUCUUCAGUCCUUAGUUGACAUCAAUGAAUUCAUUUUGAAGAUAGUCCCUACACGUGUGGGGAAUGUGGCAGAGCCUUGUCUACACUGUCUACCCUUAAGAAACACAAGUUUGUUCAUUCUCUAGCAAAACUGUCGAAGUAGGAACAAUAUGGGAAAGCCUUGUCUUCUAAUUCUUCCCUGAUUUAAAACUAAGUCAUUUAAAUCAGUGAGUGUUUUAAGGUUAAGUCACAUUGUAGUAAAAUCUUAACAGUGGGAAGGAUGUAGGAAAACGUUUUACUCUACAACUGAAGAAACAUAAAGCAAUACAGUGUCUAGAGAAAGCAUAGAAGUGUGAUGCAUGUGGAAGACCCUUUUCCAUUGGCUUAUCAGCACAGAGUGGUCCCCGCUGGAGAGUGACGCCACAAAUGUGAACAGUGUGGCAAAAUGUUUUACUCUAGAACUUCAAAUUCCAAAAUACUCACACUGGAGACAAACCAUACAAGUGUGAAGAGUGUCUCCUUACAUCACCUUACCUCUGUGUACACACUAAGUUAAUUAUUUUGAAAUGUUAAGUAUCCAAUAUCCAUGAGCACAACAAAAUAUCUAACAUCCUUGAGCACAAAUGCUAAGAAUAUGAUCAGUUGACAGUAUAAACAUGUCUUCGAUGUAAUCUCCCCACUACUCUCUAAACCAGUGGGUUUGGAAAAUACCUUGAUUGAUAAAUAUCUUUCUUCUGUGACUAUCAGUGUACCAUAAAAUGGUUAUAAAUCGUUGUUUGAGUGACCUGAAUUUGAGUACUGGGCCAUGGGAUGUUUACUGUUAUUUUCCCAGUGGGGACACCCAAGCACCUGUAAUAAUGUCUCUCACUGGUUUUGUAGGAAGCUCCAUAAACUUAUAUUUUUCACCAAGUUUGACUUGGAUGAAAUGAUCUGCAUUGGUCCCAACCUGCAUGAAGUAAAUGAGAAUUAGUGUUUGUCUCCCAGUAAACCCCUAAAGAAGAGACAGUCAGUUGUGUUUGGUUCCAGAAUAAAGAAUCUCUGAUCUGCUUUAAAUUCAGAAAGUGUUUAUUAUUUGUGUGUGUGUGUGUCCCUUCAUCAUAGUCAUAACAAACUCUCACACUGUAAUAAGGACAAAAGCCACAUGCACUCACUGAGCAGAGAGGAUAGAUAGGCUUAUUGUUGAGACCUAGGUAAAAUAUUAAAGCCUAGAUGGAACGUUAAAGCCUGGUAAAAUGUUAAGGCUUAUGUGAUGUAUCAUAGGGAAACUAUCAUAUGUCUCUGCUGUUACUAGGAAACUUUCUAACAAGCAGUUGAUGAAAUAUUGUGUUAUAUUCUCUGCUCUUGGAAACUACUGGCUAUAGAAGUCAGUAGAACUGUGUUGUGUAGUUAUCCACAAUAAGCUUGGAUCCCAACCAACCAACCAACCAACAGCACUGCCUGUGCCUCUUUAUGCAUUUUUGUGGUAUAAGAUGCUCCUGGGAUGGACCCCAAUGUAAGAGACAUAAAAAAAUUUAAAAUAUGCCUUCUGUUUUGAAUCAUACUUGAGGAAUGUUUAAGUUCCCAAGACCUUCCUGGGAACUGACUUCUUACUUGGCAGAAGGAGGCAUGACAUCCUGGUUGCCAAGUUAAGACAUGAAUGUUAGACAAGUCCCAUCCUGAUAGACUAGUUAAGGCCUGAAUGUUAGGCCAGGUAAGCCCCUGACACAGUGGAAUACCUCAACCAAUGGGAGCAGGAUAAGUGCACAACAAAGACAUGUCCCUAAGGAAAUGCCCUAUCCCUAAAUCCUGAUGGUGAAAUACCUUGGCACAGAUGUUUGUGGAUUUCGGGCUUAAAGUCUCUGUAACAUCUAAACUCAGUGUCAUGGUUCAUCUCCCAAAUCUAGACUGUAGCCUUGUACAAUCAGUCUUGGGGCAUGUGCUCAAUAAACAGUCCCUGUCUAACUGU